UCCCAAUGGCAGGGGUAUUUAGCAAUCAACCCUGGCCCCAAAACUCCCCAAGCUUCCCCACGGCACUCUGCCGCUCUCCUGCCUUCGCUAAGCUCCCUUCCUCUCUCUCUCUCUCUCUUUCUCUCUCUCUCCCUCCCUCCCUCCCUUCUCCUUGACUUGACUCGCACGCCAUUGCAAUUAUAUCUCCCACAUUUGCACCAGUCUCAGCUCUCCUUUCUCUUCUCCCUCUCUCUCUCUCUCUCUCUCUCUCUCGAUCUCCUCUUACCGCAUAAAAGCUUGGCCAUGGGCGUUGUGCGCCACCGGAGCCACCGUCUCUCCGUCGCAUUCGCGCUCUUCUUCGUCGCCACAGCUCUCGGGAGCGGAUUGGUGGUGGAAGUGGUUCCGGAGGGGGAGGAGGCGAGAACAAGGCAUUAUUUGGAGCAGUGGGAACAGGCGGCGGCGGCGGUGGUGGCGCGGCUGCGGGUGGUGGGGCCGGGGUCGUCGCCGCCGACGUGCCAGGGGCGGUGCGGGCGGUGCUUCCCGUGCCACCCGGUGCACGUGGCGAUCCAGCCGUGGCGGAGCACGCCCAUGGAGUACUACCCGGAGGCCUGGCGAUGCAAGUGUGGGAAUAACCUCUUCAUGCCCUGACUCCCUCUCCACUUAGUAUUAUUAGUACUUACUAUUCUUAUGAAACCCCUCGACUUCCAUUGAUCCCUUCGUUGGAAACCAUGUACAUAUUCUAGUGUUUGUAAGAAAAAUUUUCCCCUCUUGGCUCAGAUUUGGAUGAUGCGAGCUUUGACGUUGGAAACUUGGAAUGGAGAUGGUAUUCUACGGUUGUCUCCUUUUUAUUUUACUUUUUUGUUUUUACCGAGGGAGAAAAUGGGCGGAAAUCAUGUGAUUAUUUUAUUUAUUUUUUU